UUUUCCAGAGUCUUUGUGGUUGCACUCCCAGACCGGACUGAUAAGAGAGAUGCUAUGUCACUUGCCGCAUCACUCACGGGUAUAAAGUUUGACUGGAUCGAUGGAGUGAAUGGGGAGCUGAUACCGGAGAAAGCUAUACCGGAGGGCUGGCCAAAAGAUGAAACUCCACACACAUUGGGGUGCUGGCGCGGCCAUAUGAACGCAGUACAAACGCAAGAGCAGAUCAGCAGCGCUCUUAUUUUAGAAGAUGAUGCUGACUGGGACGUGACCUUGAAGUCCCAACUCAUUGAGUUUGCCCGUGGGACACGCUUCCUUCAAGAAUCCAGCACGCAAUCUGAUCUUUCAAGAUCAGGAGGUUCAGAACCGACCUCUCCAUACGGCGAUGACUGGGAUCUUCUGUGGCUGGGGCACUGCGGGACUCGAAAUCGGGAAGACGAAGAUCAGAAAUACUAUGUGAUCCACGACGAUCCCACAGCAGUUCCACAGCACCUGUGGGGCUACCCUCGCCGGCAACCAAACCUGACGCCUGCGGCUUUACGGGGGCAGAAUUCACGGGUUGUUUAUUCUCCCGUUCGUGGCCUCUGCAUGUUUGGCUACGCACUCUCUCUUAGGGGGGCUCAACGACUACUCUACCAUCAAUCAAUCAGCGGACACGCUGCAGUGUCGGAUCGUGCGCUACAGCGGAUCUGCAACAGCCGCUUCAUGGGUUUCAAAUGUUUUGCUCCAUAUCCGACGCUCAUAGGCACGCACAAGGCAGCAGGCGUGACAGCAAAAGACUCGGACCGUGAAGAUACGUCUAAGGCGCGCGGAGGCUUCCGGGAGGUUGCCGAGACGGGCCAGAUUGUAUACUCUACAAGGCUCAAUAUGGAAAGGUUGAUGAUGGGAAAUCAGAGUGUGAGGAGCCAAUGGCCAAAAGAGACGAAGAUGGAGGAGAUUGAUCGUACAUUAACCCUGCCAAGAGGACAGGGUGUUUGGGUCACAAAGGACCAAUACGAGCCGUUCGAGAGGCCGAAUUAG